AUGGGGAUCAAUAAUCCACUCCCCUCGUCUAUGGCAUCCGAGUGCAAGAAGUGCAGCAAGAUUCUAUCAUCCUUCGUAGACCCUCGACAAGCCUUCUCGCCGGAUAAGGUUAUUCCUCCUAAUAUUCUGGCGAAUGCGAAGGGACUCGCGAUCCUUACGGUUAUCAAGGCAGGCUUUUUGGGCUCGGCACGUUAUGGCAACGGUGUUGUUGUCGCCCGUCUCGCAGAUGGUACUUGGAGCGCCCCUUCAGCCGUCGGAACCGGUGGCGCAGGCUUUGGUGGACAAAUCGGAUUUGAGCUCACGGAUUUCGUGUUCAUCUUGAAUGACGCAUCAGCAGUACGGACAUUUUCACAAGCCGGUUCGCUCACACUAGGAGCCAACGUUUCUAUCGCAGCAGGUCCUGUAGGCCGCAAUGGCGAGGCUGCAGGAGCUGCAAGUUUGAAGGGUGUGGCUGGGAUUUUCAGCUAUUCGAAGACGAAGGGUUUGUUUGCCGGGGUCAGUCUUGAGGGAAGUGCAAUUAUUGAGCGGAGAGAUGCGAAUGAGAAGCUGUAUGGGCAACGAUAUACAGCGUCCCAACUUCUGUCGGGAGCGGUACGCCCACCACCUGCCGCACAACCUCUCAUGGCCAUUUUGAACUCGAGAAUCUUUGCCGGCAUUCCGGCAAAUGCAGAUGCCACAUACAACGAUAGCCCGGUUUACGACGAUAGACAUGACGAUGUUGUUUGGGAAGGCCGGAGGGGCAGUGCAUAUGGCGAGGGCGUUGGUAGAGACCGCACAGGAAAUACGAAUAGUAGAGGCUCCGACGACUACACAUAUAGCGACAAGCCUAAACGUGCAGCGACCUGGACUGAUGAUAUUUACGACCGGCCUCCAGGUGGCGCAUCACGGAGCAGCACAUUUGAUGCCGGGCGUGCGCGAUCAGGGAGUGGGUUCAAUGACGACUAUACCUACUCAGAUUCCCCUACGAGCCCAACGGGGCGUAAAGUUGGGCCAGGAAGACCUGCGGCGCCGAAACCGAUGUUUAAGAGCAAGAGUGAAAUGAAGGAGGAUGAGGCGGUAGCGCUCUUCACGUUUGAUGCAGACCAACCUGGGGACUUGGCCUUCAAGAAAGGUGAGUAUAUCACGGUAACGAAGAAGACCGAUAGUACCAAUGACUGGUGGACGGGUAGGAUCGGAGGCCGGACUGGCAUAUUCCCGAGCAAUUACGUCGAGAUGAGGAAAUAG